GGCGUGGUCGGCGCUCGUGACACUCUGCGGACAAGUGGGCAGUGCCACGCCAGAGCCGCGCGAGCAGCUGGAUACUUGAAGAGCAUUUGAAGGUUUGGUCCAGUCACGGGCUUUUCAGUCUGAAGCGAGUACAAUACUGCCCCAGCUUCCACCAGCGGAGCAAUGCUUGAAUAGCGGCGGAGCGGGAGCCAGCGACAGCGGCUUACAUUCAGCGGAGCCAAGGAAACCUGCAAAAAAAAAACCUUCCCCCAAAUCCCCGAGUCGGAGAGCCCCGAAGAGAGGCGAGACACGCAAACAAAAGCAUUCCUGGCUUUCAGCAAAAACAAUAACAUCGGGACAAAAUCAUUUACUUCAAAUGCGAGUGCAAGGAGAUUCCCGUAACUAACUGAAUAGCGACGUGCUUCCCCGCAUCUCCAGGCGCUUCAUUUAUACAAAAUAAAAAUUUAGUUGACCACCACGGAUUCAGCGCGACACUGAACUGAAUUUUAACUUUUUUUUCCGGGGGGAAACGAAGAAAGAAAGAAAAAAAAACAAAAAUGCGUGUGAUAGCCACUUUUCUUUUACUUGGCGCGUUGUGUCAUUGUGGCCUCUGCCAGAACAUAACGCAAACCCUGGAGCUGACCACAAACGCCACCGCCUCCGCCACGCAGCAGGACACGCUAGCUACCACUGGCGUCAGCGCCCCCACCACGACGACACCCGCUACCACGGCAGGGGCCGCCUCCAUGACGACGGCUGCCAUCACAACCACUGGAGGCAACUCCGAAACAACUCCCACAGCCGGAGCGUCAGCCUCUGUCGGAACGACGCCCACUACCGAAAUGACAACCGCCAGAAUGACGGGCAGUGUCGGAACGACCCUCGCUAACAAAGCGGCAACCACUAACAAAGCGACAACCGCUAACGAAACGACAACCGCUAACGAAACGACGCCCGCGACCGGGACCGGGACCGGGACCGGGACCACGACCACGGUGGCUGUGGUAACCGUGUCACCUAAGGCGACCGCCAGUGAACAGCCUCCGCAGGCGUUGCCCACCGUAAGGUCUGCCAGCAGCGUCUCCGCUCCCGCCGCAACUUCGCCGUCCACGCGAGCGGCGGCUACGGAAACGACUACGGCGUUUCCCACCGACGCCCCCGCGUCCACCGCGCACACCUCCCACAGUCCCGCAGGGGUGCCACCGACCCCACAAACCCAGAGCCCCUCCAGUGCCGCUACAACUGUAACGGUACCCCAGGAUGCACCGGGGCCAGGCGGGGCAGUGACAACCGGCAACGGAACUGGCAUCCUCCCAAAGACAACCGAGGCCACGACGAAAGGCGGAGACAGAGAAGAGGUGGUUUAUGUGAAAGGUCAGAUGGACGAAAAGGGAAAGCCGGACCUCUUGGGGGGAGUCUGUGGAGAGCUGAUGGAGGCCGUGCAGGUGGACAAGUGCACCCUGACCACCAACCCUGACGGGACCAUCAAGAGUGCCUAUCUGCAAGUUGACUCCACCGUUCUGAAGGAACUUCAAGAGAAACACAAACAGAAAGAAAAGGAGGAGCCUCCGAAGAACACCACGCUGAUCGCCAUCCUGUGCUCCUGCGCCGCCCUGCUGGCCAUGACGGCCGCCUUCAUCGCCUACACCACCUGCCACCGCCGCUCCUACAGGAAGAACCAGCAACACCUGACGGAGGAGCUGCAGACGGUGGAGAACGGCUACCACGACAACCCCACGCUGGAGGUGAUGGAGGCGCAGCCGGAGAUGCAGGAGAAGAAGGCGGCACCGAGCGGGGAGUUCAACGACGGCUGGAUCGUGCCCUAUGACACGCUGGGCAAGGAGGACAUGCCGGACGAGGAGGACACGCACCUGUGAGCUCGCCCAGCCCCGCCCCGCCCCCCCUGUGGCUGCCGUGGAAACCCCACUCCACCCCACGACGACUGCCACAGAAAUGACUGGGCCCUGAUCUGUAGGGGCGAGAAGCAGGUGUGUUCACUGUGUGAGUUUAGAGGGAAUUCAGCCACUUAUGGGAAAAAAAAACCAUCACCGCUUAACACCGUUGGUGUUGAAAACACCGAUCACUGUGUAGCCUCGUCAGCUCAGGUAUAAAAUAACACUCGCUGCAAAUACGAUAAUCCCACUGCUUACAGUCCUGCUGUUACCUUUACUGCUUUCACCUAUUCUUCAUAGAACUGGAACACAAUAAGAGGGGGAGAGACCUGUCAUGUGACUCAGGGAUUGCCAGUUGGCAUUGGUCACGUGUUUUUUUUUUUACCUGCAGCAUGCAACUGCUGGACUUCCAUAAUGUAAGUGGUUCCAGCACGUGGGAAUUCUUUUAUAGCUCACAUUGCGUAAAAGAGUCAAAGUUAAUGCAUUUCUGAAGAGAGCAUUCCAAAUGUCUUUCAAAAGGCUGCCUGUAGUUCUACGCCCCCUGGUGGUGGUGGAGGCCACCUCCUGGGUGGACGGGGUGGUACCGGAUGUCCCUCCCAUAAAUUCAGCUUGAGACUGUUGCACCUCAAUGGAAAUAGAAUAUACUGCAAUAUAUUGUAAAUAUGCGCACCUUUAAAAUAUAUAUAUAUAUAAUAAGUACAUUUCAGAACAGUGUUAUAUAUAUAUUGCAAUAACUGAGUGUGACGUUGCCCAUAUACUGAAGUGUUGCAAUAUCUAUAUAAUAUAUUUUGUUUCAAUAUAUUUUCAGCAUAUUCUAUUUCUGUGAAGGUCUAUUCUUCAGUGUGAAUUUUGUUUUAAUUUUGAUUUUUGAUUUUAUUCACCUUGUUUUUUCCACGCAGUGCACUUCUGUUCACUUUGAGCUAAACCGGUGAGUGUCACUGGUCAUCACAGAUAAUUUAUUACAUACCUAUAAACAGUAAAAUGUGGAGGCUAAAGUCUAACAAAUGUCCCACUUUAGCACUAGGCUUAUUUCCUCCAAAACACACAGAAUUCUCAGAGCACUCACCUGUGUAUAGAAUGUAUUACUUUAAUAGUAUUAGAGGAAAAAUAAAAUAGCAGCUCACUCAGCUGGUAGGGCACAGUAGUUUUUACCUUGCGACUUCAGGAUGAAUUAUCCUGGCACAUUCAUUUCAGUGUUAACAGUUGGCCCAGGAGACGAUAACACAUGAACUACCCUGACUAGCAUGUCUUUUCAGGCACUGCUAAUAGGUAGCGAUUAGCUAUAUGCUAAUACCAGGAGUUUUGAUGCAUCUUCAAGGUCUGUUCCAUGGGAAGUCCCUAUCGUUUGACUUGUCAAUCAAAUCUUGCCACGCGUCUCUUUUACGUGUCUUAAAUUUCAAUUAUUACUUUGCAUUUUUGUUAUAAUUGUGUUAUUUAGGCAACUUUACUUUGUAUUUACACACUUUGUACGUUAAACACACACACACACACACACACACACACACAUACCAGCAUACAGUCGGAAGUUUGGGAGUUUGUUAUGAGCAACUUUGUACAUAAUUUAGAAUUUUAUUUUACCAAAGUACUUUAUAAGGGUAAAAAAUGUCCUGUAUUUAUGGUGUUUGCUGAUAUAGCAGAACAGGAGUCUGACACACUGGAGUCACGCCUAAUGCGUUCCUAAAAGGGCUAGCGUCAUAAUAGAAAUGCAUACCGUCUUAUGCCGAUUAAGGUUUCGCAGAAAUAAAAUUCUAAUUAUUA